AUGCCACAUUUCCGCAUCCGAACGCUUCGCGACGAUGAUUGGCUUAUGAUUACAGUCCCGUUCACCGAACCCACGCCUCACGCCUCCCAAUCGGGUCCAGCCGGCCGCCACCCACACUUGCUCUCGUAUGGGCACACGGCACACGAGACGGGGCUAGUGAAUGCACCACGUGGAGCUGAGGUGCUGGCAGCACGCGGCUCGCAGACGCACGCCUUGAUGGAGAUAUUUUCGGAGCCGUAUGGAUUGGACAAAGCGAAACGGUAUGAGAUCAUCCGCACCGUCGGCAGAGGCGCUUUUGGCGAGGUGUUUCUCGCGUGGGACACACAAACCAAGCAGCGAGAAGCACCCCAUCUCCGCGCAGGGGGAUACCGUGAUGCAGGCAUGGGCGAGGAGGGGGGUGGGGGCUACGUGGCUCUCAAGACCGUAGCGUCGAGGGUUUCGUCGUCGUCGAUGUCGUCCGGGGGGCGGGGCGGGCUGUCGAAGGGGCUGUUUCGGGAGCUGAGAGCCUUGCAAAUGGCGACGGAGUGCCCGCAUAUCGUCACCUUGCUUGACGUAUACCCCGAGGGAUCGAACGCUGUUCUGGUGCUGGAGUACAUGCCCUCGGACCUCGCAAAGGCAAGUAGGUACGUGUUGGACGGCUCCCCUAAUCCUCUUGAAGAGAGUCAUAUCAAGGCUUACACGACCAUGCUCCUGAAGGGGCUAGCUUGGAUGCACGCCCACGGGUUGCUUCACAGGGACAUCAAGCCCUCGAACCUGCUGCUCAGCGCUGGGGGGGUGCUCAAGAUCGCCGACUUCGGGCAGACGAGGACGCACACCACACCGCAGACGCGAUCGUACAGCCACCAGGUGGCAACUCGCUGGUACCGCGCGCCAGAGCUCCUCUAUGGCGCAAGAAGGUACGGGUGUGCUGUGGACAUGUGGGCGGCUGGGGCGGUGGUAGGAGAGAUGCUGGCGAGCCGACCUUUGUUUCCGGGCAGGAGCGACAUCGACCAACUCUACAAGAUUCUCCAGGUGACGGGGAGCCCAACGGACGAGAACUGGCCGGGGGUGAAAGGCCUUCCCGACUACGACAAAGUCUGCUUCGCGGAGAUGCCCCCCCAAGACGCCUCCGUCACUUUUCAGGGGUCGUCCCGGGAGGCGUGCCACCUUACCCAGGGGAUGCUUCGCUUGGAUCCCCGCAAUCGGACGCCUGCUCUGGAGGCCCUCCAGCACAGGUUUAAUAAAUGGGUCUGACCAACUAGUUGCGAUUGACCGCCUAUGUAGAGCAACUGGACAGUUCAUAGGUCUGGUCAGCUAACUGCAAUUGAGCGCUUAUGUAGGGCGUUUGCACAGGUAGUAUAGUAGAUCUGCCCAACUCCAGCGGCACCAAUGGACCGUUUUUUUCGAGCAACUGCCCAUGUAGUACAUAGGUCUGACCAACUACAGCUGCAACGAUUGAGCGUUUUCCUUGUGUAGAGCAACUGCACAGUUCGUAAAUAGGUCUGGCCAACUGCACCGAUUGAGAGUUUCCGUUCUGUGGAGAAACUGCACAGGUAUUUCGUGGGUCUGGCCGGCUAGCUUCCCAUUGAGUGUUUCCGUUGUUUAGGACAACCACAGGUUUUCGCGACGAGAGAAGUCAAGGGUUGACUCUUGUCCGCGUCACCCCGUCGGCCUACGGGGCGAGUUGUGAUGACCUUUGUAUUCAUCCACGACGCUUGCGUCGGCCUACGGGCUAUUUUCUCGUGGCACCAGAAGCGACGCCCUGCCAUCUCCUCUUGCCUCGAAUAACGGGCUCCUCGGUCGAACCACAGCGGCCUCAGAAGCUCGGAGAGGCGUUUCUGGACGAGGGGUGGGGCGAAGGGGUCCACGCAGAAGGCGACGAUGCGACCGGGGCGGUCUAGAGCUCCGCGUGGAUUGGAUGAUUCGGUAUCCUGCUCGAGGGUAUUGCGCUUUAGUUGGGGCUACGGGUUUGGGUUGGACACAGGGUUGCGAACCCCCCUCUCUCUUUUUCUGGAUGAGGGAUGGGGCGAGGGGGUCCACGCAGAUGGCGGCGAUGCGACCGGGACGGGCUAGAGCUCCGCGAGGGACUGGAUGCUUCAGUAGCUUCUCGAGGAUGCUUCGCUUUGGUAGGGGUUACGGGUUUGGGUUAGGGUUAGCUACGAACCCGUUUUCUCUGUUUCUGGACGAGGAAUCGAGGUAAGGGGUCCACGCAGACAGCGGCGAUGCGACUAGGGCGGUCUAGAGCUCCGCGGGGAUUGGAUGCUCUUAGUAACCUUGGCGAGGGUAUUCUUGGUUUUUGUACAAUCACAUCCGUUGCCGUGAGAUUCCCCGUGUCGGAGGUCACCGUACUGGCAGUGCCGUUACAUUUCCCGAAGAUCAUUCGCCAUGGAUGUACAGCAGUCGCAGGCCAUCUAUAAGGCGGGUUAUAUUAGGCGGGUACCCGCUAUUGACUAGGGCGGGUGAAAUUGGCUGACGGGUGCCCGCUAUAGACUAGGGCGGGCGAAGUUGGCUGACGGGUACCCGCUAUAUAUGGGUACCCGCUAUAUAGACUAGGGCGGGCGGUUGGCUGGCACAGAUGAAAAAUUCAAGACGGUUAUACAUUGAGUUAUGCGGGUGCCCGCUGUAGGGCGGGUGAAUCGGUCUGGCGUAUGCCCGCCUUAUUGAGGGCCGACGUGUCAGUCAUGGGUCUGUACGGUGCAGGGGCUACGGGAUUGGGUUGGGAAUUUAGGGUAGGGAUACGAAGCCCCCCUCUGAUUUUUACACAUACAAAACAGAGGUCCCUGUUGAGUGCCGGUUGAGUAGUGACGUUGCCGAUGUUUUCGGCGUGAACACUAAAUUUUAAGUCGUUGUCAGUACCCUGAAUAGCGCCGGUCCGGUAUAGUGCCGGUGAGUUUUCUGGGUACAUACCGGCACUGAACAGGGACCUCUACUAUUCAACGGGUAGGGUCCGAAUGCUUGGUGUGGUAGUGAUGUUUGACUUUCGUGAUUUAACGAUGGUGUAAUGAAGCAGGUGCUUGGGGAUCGUCCCUUGACAUGUGAUGAUGAGACGGCGCAGCUUACGUU